AAGGGGCAGUAAGAAGGCUGAAGUGAGGCUGGAUGGGACCCACAACCUCAUAGCCUGGGGACGUCCAAGUCCCCUCUGACAGGCAGCCGGACAUCGGCAUUGCCUCUUGUGCCUCAGCUCUCGUGUGUGCUGGAAAUGGCGAGCUGUGCUCAUGGAAGGUCACAGCGUGAGCUGCGGUGGAGGAGAGAUUGAGAGCAGCUCUCAGGGGCCCUCAGAACACUGACCGUGCACACAAUCCCUUUGUCCCACAAUCGCUGAGCAUCCCCUGCGUGCCAGGACUGAUAGCCUAUCGAUUUUUACAUCCUACGCCCAAUAGCAGCGUGUAUGCACGGCGAGAAUGAACGACUACCUAUUGACUAAAUGCGUGCAUAUGUCUUGUUUAUGGAGCCUCAAUAGGAUUCCAGUGAACUCUGGAAAUCUGCAUUUCCUCCCCUUAAGCCUAAAAUCGAUGGCGUUAUUAAAAACAGGAGGGCGUUCCACUGCACGUUUCCUGAGUGGUCUGUUUCUCUCCCUCCAGGUGCUCUCUGUGGCAUGCCCAGACCCUCCGCCCGAAGGGGAAUCCGUCACGAGUGAGCGAGGCUGUGUCCCCGCGAGCCCAGGACUUGGCGACGAGCUGAGCACCAUGGAGAAGUUCGGCUCCUUCUUCAGUGACAUCUGGGACACCAUCCUGACCAAGCACCAGGAGGGCCUCUUCAACAGUGUCUGCCUGGGCGUGGUGCUGGCGCUGCCACUGCUGGUGCUCCUCGCCCUGGUCUUCGUCUGCUGCUACUGCUGCUGGAGCCGGCCGGGCAAGGGCCAGCAGCCGGAGCACGGCCCGGGGAAGAAGAAGAAGAGGAGGAGGAAGAAGGGCGAAGAAGACCUCUGGAUCUCCGCCCAGCCCAAGCUCCUGCAGAUGGAGAAGAGGCCAUCGCUGCCGGUCUAGUGGGGCGGGCAGCAGAGGGUCCGCCUUCCAACGACACACGGGGCCUGGAGCGUCACACGCGUGUCCACAGAGGAACUUCUCAGCCAAGGAGCAAACCUCAGACUGAGUGUCCCCAGGGAGGGCACCCCCGGGGAGGGCACCCCCGGGGAGCACGGGGACAAUGCGUGGGCACUGGCUGGGCAGCUAUGUGUCCAAUAGCAACGCUCUCUGCUCCAGAUUCAGGCAUGCUGUCCGCCUACUUCCGGCACAGUCCAUACGCCAAAGCACAGGGAACACGUAUCCAUAACCAUCUGGGCUCACCAUGCACACCACACACACGCAGCACAGUAUCUGCUCUCGCAAAAACAUCUCAUAGGAGGGCCUGGCCAGAUUCGGGCGCAAGUGUACAAUUACAUGACCCGGCAAGGUUACAAACUCCAUACCUGUUCCAUGUACUACUCAGGUUACAGAUGUGUGCUUCCUACUCCGCUCCCCACAAACCCUCCUGCUGCGAAUCCUCAUCCUCGGACGUUUCAGCACCUGGCACAGUGCCCUUUGCUGUUAUUGAUGCAGACCCUCUAGCUCCUGUGCUCUUGACCCCUCCCCGAGGAGGGCAGGUUGAAAGUGCAAUGGAUCCGAAUUCAUCGGAAGCUAUGGUCUCGCAAGGUCCUCAUUACCACAGGUCGGUGUUGAACGUGGUCCAAGACCCUCGUUGAGACGCUCCGCGCAGAGCCCCUCAGGAAGGCUCCUUCUCCACACAGGACAGCCGCUCUGGGUGUGGCUCCUAGAGAGCUAUGGGAACCAGGUAACAGGCUGCUCGGCCCACUCCACCCGGUGCACCGUCCUGUGCAACGCAGAGGUGGAAGGAGAUGCCCCACCUGAGCUGGGCAUCCCCCCGGAGCCAGAGGCUUUCAGUGGGGAAGGAAUGAAGACAUCGCCGGCACAGCCUCGCAGAAGGCACACUGGA